UUCUUUAUUAGAUAACAUGAAUUUGAAGUGGGGUUUGAUGUCAUUUUACUCCUCCUAUAUUAUUUUUAUUUGUAUUAAAUUAAUUUUUAGAGGCCAUGCCUCAGUUUAUCCCCCCAAAUUAAAUCUAAAUCUGUAGAAGACUUGUCUGAACCUUUUCUCCUUGCACAUAACAUUGUGCAAAAUAAGUAAUAAUAUAAAAGUGCCUGUAUGUAAAAUCAGUAUGUAUGUGUAGUAUGUAAUAAUGUUCAUGAAUGGAUAUUAUUAGCAAUGCUAAGGAAAUGUUCUGGGCUCCUCAGAAAUCUUAUUUGGCCAGAUUUGCUUCCUGUUUCCUGUCUUUUUCCACCAUUGUUUUACUAUGAGGAAACGACAUUGUUUGUUCCACCAUGUGGUUUCCUCAUAGUAACUGCCACUUAACAGAGUGAAACUGAGUUUUUUUUUCAUGGUUUUACAGCUUGAACUUUCCAUAAGUUUCCUGUAUUUCAAAAUGUAAAACAUAUCUUGAGAGAGGUGGGCGGGAAACUAAAAAUGGAAAAUGAAAUUGCAGCAAGAAAACUGCCAAUUGCCAGCUGCCAGUGAUUUGGGGAGAGAUCACUAGGGGAUUAAAGUCAAAGCCAGCGAUUCGCUUCUAGAACCGAGUCAGGAAACCUCUGAAGAAGAUAACAUUUCAAAACCUGUUCACAUAGCAGAAACAACCUGCCAGGAUACAAACUCUGACUCACACAUGAAGUAACGUGUCAUUUUGGGCGGUGCUACAUGGAUGAGGAGGACCGAAUCCAUACCCGAAGAGCACAUGAACAGAAAUGGGACACAAGGCUGCUGCAGCGACAACACCUCUGACAGCUUUACAUCUCUUUCUUUUAUUUUGUACAACACCCAGGCACAUGGAGACGUUCUGCUAGGCUAAAACACCGAGUCUGUGGUAUUCAGGACAUGGUCUACGAGCACACUUUGGCUGUUGUGGUUGUUGCUGUUUUGCUCCAGGAGUGGCUUUGUGAAUUCAGAGGCGUGUGUUCCAGCUCUGUAUUGUACGCAUAUAAAGCUUUAGAUGGGGAACGUUUCGUGAUGCAGUGUGCCUCUCCACACCAACCCUAUCUCUUUAACAAAUCUGGGGUCCUGGAGCGACGCACAGAAUGGUUCAGGCAUGAGGGAGAGAAUAAGAAAGAGCUUCCUGGGGUGGAUGACAGCAUUGUGAAAGUGGGGAAUUCCCUGUGGUUCUCUAAGAUUACUGAAAGGCACUCUGGGAACUAUUCCUGUUAUACCAGGAACGUCACAGGAACGUCGGCUGUUGGUUGGGGCAGAGAGGGUGUGCUGCACUUCCUGGUUGAUGUGCUACAGAGGAAUAAGACUGCUUGCCAUGACUAUGGAGAGAGCGAGGUGACCCUGAUUUUGGGACAAGGAGGCAGCAUCGUCUGCCCAGAUGUGAAGUGCUAUACUUCAGCUCCAAAAGGAGCCAUCAGGUGGUACAAGAAUGCAGUCCCUGCUGAGAAACUGAGCCCUAGCCAUGUAGAGCUGCAGGACAGCCAGCUCUAUCUGAUAACUGUCUAUGAAGAGGAUAACGCUAACUUCACCUGCGACCUCAGCUAUGUGGAUGGGCUACACUGGACCGUCAGGAGGACUGUGAGAGCCAGAGCAAUACCGCAGGACAUCGAGGACCUGCCCCACAUCCUGUAUCCCCAUGGUAACGAGACAGAGGAAGCAGAGCUGGGAAAGCCACACAUACUCACCUGUAAGGUGCAGUUCGGCUUUGAGAGGAACUCCAGAGCACUGAUCACAUGGUGGGUCAGAUACCAUGACAACGGCAGCAUGGAACCUUUGGAGAUGGGCUCUCCUAAGAAGGUGGGUCCAGGAAGCUUCUGGGAGCAAAUACUCAAUCGUAGUGCGCACCUGCAGCAGGUGACCCACAGGCACCUGGGAGCCACUUUCAUCUGCCGGGCACGGAACUCCAGAGGCAAUGCCACCGCUACCAUAAGACUACAGAGAAGAGUUGAAGUGGCUGGACUCUUACUGGUUAUUCUGUGGCCUGCUGUCACUGUGAUGAUUGUGACAGGAAUCAGCGUUUUAGUGCGGAUUUACUGGCUGGAGAUUUACCUUCUGUGCAGAACCUACCUCCCACUAGAAGAAACAGUUUCAGUAGGAAAGGAGUAUGAUGCCUUUGUGUCAUGUGUGAGCGGCUCUUCCUCAGAUGAGGAAGACAGCAAACUGACAGGGGAGACCCUGGGGCUGCAUCACCUCCCCAAUGUGCUGGAGAAACAGUACGGAUACAGGCUGUGUCUGCUGCAGAGAGACCUGGUACCUGGAGGAGUGUACACAGAGGAUGUGGUGUGGUCCAUGCAGAGGAGCAGGAGGGUGAUCUGUGUGUUGAGCUCCUGCUACCUGCGUAGCAGCUGCCUGUUUGAGCUGGAGACCAGCCUGGAGGCCCUUCAGCAUGACAGGGGGCUCCGCCUCAUCCUGGUGUGGAGCAGCCCGGCCCCGCCCUGCCUCGCAGCUCUGCCCCUCCCUCCCACGGUGAGGCGGGCCCUUAGAGUCUUACCUGCGCUCCACUGGAGCCCUUCCCAUGUCAAUCCCUCCCAUUCCCCUUUCUGGAAGACCCUAAAGCGGGCCAUGCCGAUCAGUCCCCUCCCACCACCAUCCAUCUCUGCACCAAGCCCCGCAGGGGCUCACUGGGGAGAGCCCUGAGACAUAACUAUAUACUUCCAACCAUCUACACACACUCUCUUUCACUGUGUGUGCGUGCGUGCGUGUGUGUGUACAUGCGUGUGCAUGCGUCUACAUGUGUGCAAGUGUGUGUGUGUGUGUAAUGGGGUUUUCGAAGGAACUACAUAGUUCAAAUUUCAAACCCCCACCUGCACUUGAACUCUCUAGGAAAACCACCAAAUAUAUAUAUAUACACACACACACAUGCACACAGGAAGCCAUAGCUGCAUUUCUAAAUGUGUGAAGUUUUCCAUCUGUCUCUGGUGUUCACUGGAACUUGUUUAUAACUGAACAGACAAACUGACAUUCAGUUUCUCAGAAUGAUGUGCAGGCAUUGGGCAGUACAGUUUUGGGUCCAGUUUUUUUUCCUACUGUCAUAAUGUAACACUAAAAUGAAGAACUGGAACAGUAAGUUGUAUCCUAACAUAGAUUUACCUGAUGUAUUUGAAUAUUUAACUUCCUUGGUUCAAAAUCAUCAUCAUCAUCACCAUCACAAUCAUAAUCAUAUUAUCAUUCUUUUAAAAAUGAUUUUAUUAUUUAUUUGUUUUUUUCUUAUUGUUGUUAUUGGUGAUAUAUGGGAUAGAAAUGAGAUUAAAUCUUGGAAUAAAAAUGAAAAGGACAGAAGAGGCUGCCAUAAGAGGCUACCAGACAACUGUCUGAAUACAGUUAAUGUGGAAAGAUACAGAACAAAGUACAACUUCAUGGUAGUGAUGGGCAAACUGAAGCUUUCUGAGACAAUGACACUUUUGAAGCAAUUGUGUUGGUUGAAGUGUCGGUGUCAUGAAGCAUUUAACACCUGCUUCUCUAGUGACAUCUGCUGGUUAAUAAAUAUGCCUUUACUCUUCACAGCAGUCAUAAAUUGUAAUGAAUGAAACACUACCGCUUGACUUUUGACUGUAAAAUUCAGUUUUUGAAUAUCAAUGCUAUAGCCAUGUAUUCUCAAAACCCUCUCCAAAUGAGUCUAUUCAUUAAAAGUGUUGUACAAAUGAAACGUGUCAUAAUGCUGAUGAGAUUAAAUAAACGUGCUGUGUGUUUCAUGAGCAUAAUGCAAUCA